AUCGAACAGCAUUCCUUCCCGGUGAUUUCCCGCUCGACCGCGAACGGUCACACCAUUGGCAGAGCACAACAAAAUACGUAUUUUUCUGCUACCAAAGUGUCCAAAAAUCGAGUGCAGCGAAGACAGUGGAUAAAUAAAUGGUUAAAUAAAUUGACAAGCGGACAACGAGAAGAUUAACAAACCGGAAUACAAUUCCUCCAACGGAGCCGCACACACUCGGAGCCGGAAACACAGAGAAGAGACCGCCGGACAGCAUAGACAGGAUACAGAAUGGGCGGCUCGGCAGUGCAGGUGAUCAACGCCUCCGAGGAGCACACCUUCGUGCUCAACGAGGAGGCGCUGAGCGAGGUGCUGAUGCGGGAUGAGGUCAAGGAUCGGUUCGUCUGCGUGGUCUCGGUGGCGGGAGCCUUCCGCAAGGGCAAGAGCUUCCUGCUGGACUUCUUUCUGCGCUACAUGUACUCAAAGUAUGUGCACCACGAUGCGACGGACUGGCUGGGCGACGAGUCAGAUCCUCUGGAGGGCUUCUCCUGGCGCGGCGGCUCCGAGCGCGACACCACCGGCAUCCUCAUGUGGUCCGACAUAUUCCUGCACGACUACCCCAACGGCGACAAGAUAGCCAUCAUCCUGCUGGACACACAGGGCGCCUUCGACAGCCAGAGCACGGUGCGCGACUGCGCCACCGUCUUCGCCCUGAGCACGAUGCUCUCCUCGGUGCAGAUCUACAACCUGUCACAGAACAUUCAGGAGGACGACCUGCAGCACCUGCAGCUCUUCACGGAGUACGGUCGCCUGGCGCUGGCCGAUACGGGCAAGAAGCCCUUCCAGCGGCUGCAGUUCCUCGUGCGCGACUGGAGCUUUCCGUACGAGGCGGAGUACGGGGCGCUGGGCGGCGACAAGAUUCUGAAGCGACGACUGGAGGUGUCCGACAAACAGCACCCGGAACUGCAGUCGCUGCGCCGCCACAUCUCGUCCUGCUUCACGGAGGUGGCCUGCUUUUUGAUGCCCCAUCCGGGCCUGAACGUGGCCACCAACCCGAAGUUCGACGGCCGGCUGAAGGACAUCACGCCCGAGUUCAAGAACAGUUUGCGCACCCUGGUGCCCAUGCUGCUGGCGCCCGACAAUCUGGUCUACAAGGAGAUCAGCGGCCAGCGGGUGCGGGCCCGCGAUCUCAUCCAGUACUUCCAGUCGUACAUGAACAUCUACAAGGGCAACGAGCUGCCCGAGCCGAAGAGCAUGCUGGUGGCCACCGCGGAGGCCAACCACCUGACCGCCGUGGCCGCCGCCAAGGAGCUGUACGGCCAGCUCAUGGAGGAGGUGUGCGGCGGCACGCGGCCGUACUUAAGCACCGCCCACCUGGAGACGGAGCACCUGCGGGUCAAAGACAAGGCGAUGUUCCAGUUCGCCGCCAAGCGCAAAAUGGGCGGCGAGGAGUUCACCGAAAAGUUCCGCCUGCAGCUGGACGCCGAUCUCGAGGAGGUCUUCGUCAACUAUCGAGCGCACAACGAGAGCAAGAACAUCUUCAAGGCGGCCCGCACUCCAGCCGUGUACUUCGCCUGCGCCGUCAUCAUGUACAUCCUCAGCGGCAUCUUCGGUCUGGUCGGGCUCUACACCUUCGCCAACUUCUGCAACCUGGUCAUGGGAGUGGCACUGCUCACUCUGGCUCUGUGGGCCUACAUCAGAUAUAGCGGCGAGCUGAGCGAUUUCGGUGGCAAGUUGGAUGAGUUUGCCACGCUCAUGUGGGAGCGGUUCAUGCGACCCAUCUACCACGGCUGCAUGGAGAAGGGCAUCCAGCACGUGGCCACCCAUGCGACCGAAAUGGCCGUGGGCGGAGGAGGUGCGGCUGCCUAUCGCUCCCAGAACUCGGUGAAUGCGUCCAAUGGCAAGGUGAAGCGCUCAUGAGAAUACGCCCAAGGAGCGCAGCCCAGGAAGCAGCAGCAGGUGCCGACGAGCCCGCAUCCGCCGCCGCCGCCGGCAAUCACCCCCACCACCAACAACAACAACAACAAUAAUAACAACAACAAGAACAACAACAAUGUGGCAUACAAAUCAAACAAGAGCAACAAUAUAAACGAGGCGGACGGUUUCAUCCACAACAUCUGGCGCAAGUUCGGCGGCAGCAACGAAGAAAAGGCCAAAGCAGCCAGCACCAUUGUUAGUCCAGCGGCAGCCCCAUCCUCUUCCCAGGCGCCAAACCAAAAUAGUCGCAAAAAGCGCAAAGCGAAGCGCAAUUAAGUGUCCAUGCAUGAUGGACAAAGAACCAUGAACCAAGAACCAUGGACCAGCAGAAGAAUGGCCCGACGAGCCUCUCCAGGAUCCCAUUUUGAAAGGACCGACCCCCUCUAAUUUGUAUAAAUCUUAAACUUUCUUAUGCGUGUGUUAGGAGAAGCACGAGAGAAACACAAAUCGUCUAGCUAUUAAUUGCCCUACAAGGAAGUUGUUUUUAUAUAUUGCAUUAAUUGAAGCGUAGAUGGUCUAUAUAUUAUGUAUACUUAAGAGUAAGUGCAUCUUUAGUAAGUGGCUCGUGUCUGUUAGAAGUGAAAUUUUAAAUUGUUUUUUUUACAAACGAUAUGCGUCUGAAACGGAACGGAACGGAUAUAUGAAAUUUAACGCUGUAAUAUAAAGAUAUCGCUAACGAAUUUAAUUUGUUUAAUUUCCCAUCCAAGGCGUAAACACACCCCUUAACCCUUUUCCAUCUUAUCUCAUCUUUGGUAUAGAAUUCCAUAAGCAAUCUAUGUAUAAACAGAGUGCACAUUGUUGUUGGCUGGUUUGCUAAGCGCCUCAUUUUGCCACCUUUUGUUAUUAAAAUUAAAUUAAAAAAAAAAAAAAUAAAGAAAA